CCGACCUAAAAAAAUUGUUUCAAUUUACCUGUUCCUAUUUGCUGUCAUCUCCGCCGUCCGAUCAAAUCAGAGACGUCAUCUCCUUCUCGAUUCCUAAGCUCCACCUUAAACCCUUGGAGCACAGGUUCUAGACAGAGAAACCCUCUCUUCUCUCUCUUCCUUCCAGUUUCCCCUACUGCAAGCGGUGAUUGUAAAUGGCGGGAGGUGCUCCGGCUGCUGCUGGUGGGGCGGGGAAUGGUGUAAGAAUUGUGGUUGCCGGCGACGCAAAGUCGGGAAAAUCGAGUUUGAUUGUCACGGCAGCUGCUGAAAACUUUCCGACCAAUGUCCCACCGGUGCUGCCGCCUACGAGGCUCCCCGUGGACUUGUACCCGGAACGUGUUCCUGUCACCAUUAUUGAUACUUCGUCCAGUCCUGAAAAUAGGGACAGGCUAGUUGAAGACCUUACAAGGGCUGAUGCUGUCGUUCUUACUUACGCAUGUGAUAGGCCUGAGACUCUUGAUAGAUUAAGUACUCACUGGCUUCCUGAGCUUCGCCGACUAGAGGUCAAAGUGCCUGUUAUAGUGGUGGGUUGCAAGCUAGAUAAGAGAGGUGAUCAACAGCCAGUUAGUUUAGAGCAAGUUAUGUCACCUAUAAUGCAACAGUUCCGGGAGAUCGAAACGUGUAUUGAAUGCUCUGCGUCAAACCAUAUUCAGAUUCCUGAGGUUUUCUACUAUGCUCAAAAGGCGGUACUCCAUCCAACUGCACCACUAUUUGAUCAGGAGCAACAAGUUUUGAAACCACGUUGUGUGAGGGCAUUAAAAAGGAUAUUUAUUCUUUGCGACCACGAUAGGGAUGGAGCACUCAGUGAUGCAGAGUUGAACGAUUUUCAGGUCAAGUGUUUCAAUGCUCCACUUCAAGCAUCAGAGAUAGUGGGUGUUAAAAGGGUCGUGCAAGAGAAAUUGCGAGAAGGUGUCGAUGAUCGUGGACUUACAUUGACAGGCUUUCUAUUUCUGCAUGCUCUUUUCAUUGAGAAAGGGCGUCUGGAGACAACAUGGACUGUCCUAAGGAAAUUCGGGUACAAUAAUGAGAUCAGAUUGCGUGAUGAUCAGUUGCCACCUCCAAUAAAGAGAUAUCCUGACCAGAGUGUGGAGUUAACUACUGAAGCUAUGGAGUUUCUCAGAAAGAUUUUCUUCACCUAUGAUGUUGAUUGUGAUGGAGCCCUUCGAUCUCAUGAGGUUGAAGAUUUGUUUUCCACAGCGCCUGAAAAUCCUUGGAAUGAAGCUCCAUAUGUGGAUGCUGCAGAAAAGACAGCUCUUGGAGGGCUAUCCCUUGAUGGAUUUUUGUCGCUGUGGGCCCUUAUGACGCUUUUGGACCCAAUUCGUAGCGUUGAGACCCUCAUAUACAUAGGAUACGGUAGUGAUCCGUCAUCUGCUAUUCGUGUCACUCGAAGAAGACGAUUAGAUCGCAAGAAGCAGCAAACAGAAAGAACUGUAUAUCAGUGUUUUGUUUUUGGGCCAAAAGAAUCUGGAAAAUCUGCUUUGCUUAAUGCUUUUAUUGGAAGGCCUUUCCCUGAAGAAUACGUCGCAACAACUGGCAACAGAUAUGCUGUUAAUUUUAUCAAUCAACCUGCAGGACUUAAGAAGACUCUUGUAUUGCGAGAAAUUCCUGAGGAAGGAGUUAAAGAGUUACUGUCAAAGAAGGAUGCUUUGGCAGCAUGUGAUGUGGCAGUGUUUGUUCACGACAGUUCUCGCGAACCUUCUUGGGAGAAAGCAACGGAGAUGCUUGUGGAUGUGGCAAGUCAAGGGGAAGCCACUGGUUAUGAGGUGCCUUGCCUCAUUGUUGCUGCCAAGGAUGAUCUUGACCCUUACUUGACAGAGAUCCAGGAUUCUACAAGGGUAAGCCAGGACAUGGGGAUAGAGGCUCCUAUCCCUCUCAGCACAAAGCUCGGAGAUUUCAGUAACAUAUUCCAUAGGAUUGUGAGGGCUGCAGAGCACCCUCACUUGAGCAUUCCUGAGACGUCAGCUGGGAAAAGCCGUAAGCAGUACCACAGGCUGCUUAACCGCUCCCUAGUGUUUAUAUCUGUUGGAGCUGCAGUUGCUGUCGUUGGGUUGGGUGUUUACCGGGUUUAUUCUGCAAGAAGGAAUUCUUCUAGUUAGGAGGGGGACGGUAAGUCCCAUCUGCAACUCUCCAUUUUUGUGGCCUUGGUGGGUUUUUUUUUUUUUUUAAUUAAUUUUAUUUUAUUUGGGGACAAGUUGGAUGGGUUAGCGCUGGGAAUAUAACCUCUUGCUGAAAUUUAAUUGUGGCAACUCUUUUCCUCUGUUCGACAAAGCUUGUAAUGGGGUUGUAUUUUAAGGAUGAACUCUUUAAUAACAGAUGCAUUUGAAGAAA